UGUAUAGUUAAAAAAUGGGAGGGCACACUUGAACCGAGCUGCUCUAUGAAGGUAGGCUGCAGCGUGUGUUUAUUGAUGAGAUGAAAAGAAGAUGGAAGUGAGAAAUGAAACAAAGUAAAGGAACAUAUUAAAAAAAAACUAUACGCGCUUCGUCGGGGGAAAACAGGGGGAGCCGUGGAAACGCUGUCGCCACUUUUUGAACGAGCUUCGAAGUGCAGAGCAACACAUGAUUUGGACAGAGAGGACUGACAGCCUUGCCUAGCACCCGGCCUCUGAUCAGCCAUCUCCACCAGCAAACUGAAGCUUGACCCGCACUUCAUCACCAGCCACACAAGCAUCUUCGGAACAAAACGUCAUCUAACUGUGACAUCAGUUGCAAGGGGAUGACCGAGCGCAUUCAUAACAUCAAUCUCCACAACUUCAGCAAUUCUGUACUUGAGACCCUCAAUGAGCAGCGCAACCGUGGGCACUUCUGUGACGUGACUGUUCGGAUCCAUGGAAGUAUGCUGCGAGCUCACCGGUGCGUGCUGGCUGCUGGAAGCCCCUUCUUUCAGGACAAGCUGCUCUUGGGCUACAGCGACAUUGAGAUCCCUUCUGUGGUCUCAGUGCAGUCCAUCCAAAAGCUGAUUGACUUUAUGUACAGUGGGAUUCUGCGGGUAUCUCAGUCCGAGGCCCUGCAGAUCCUCACUGCCGCCAGCAUCCUACAGAUCAAGACCGUCAUUGAUGAGUGUACACGCAUCGUGUCCCAGAAUGUUGGCUUGGCUGGGCCGGGGGGGUUCCCUGUUAUACCAGGAGACUCUGGUCAGGAAACUCCCCGUGGCACACCAGAGUCUGGCACCUCGGGGCCCAGCAGCGACGCAGAGUCAGGUUAUAUGCAAGCAACAUCACAAAGCAUGGACCGUGCAUACACAUCACUGUACUCCUACCCCGGCCUCACUCUGCAGAAUGGCACCCGCGAGCGCCCCCUGUACAUUAACCCUAUGUCAACAAAUUACGAUCCGACUCUCAGCACUCAGAAGGACCAGCAAUCUCAAGAUCCGCCCUGGAUGAACCGCAUCCAGGAGAGAUCUCAGCAGGUCGACCGCUUCAUCUCUACGGCGGAGUCCACUCACUGCCGCAAGCAACCCCGACCGGUACGCAUACAAACAGGAGGGAUGCACAUAAAGCAGGAGGCCGAAGAUGAGUACAGCUGCUACGAUAAUUUGGGGGACUGCCAAGACGACACUGACCAUACUGAGGGUGUGGAGGGUGAAUCCAAGGUUGAAAGUUUUGACUCAGGGGUGAGCUCCUCCAUCAGUACUGAGCCAGAUGCUAUGGAGCAGCAGCCGUACCUGACGGGCUUUGGCCGAGACGGGGGCGGGGACAGUCAGCAAGGUGAUGGAGGUCCAGUGCAGAUAGAGGUCAAUGACUCAUCCCCGGAGCAGUUGCAAGAAACGGAGGAAGGAGACACAUCCCACAGCACUAGUGACAGUAGCAUGAUGCAGCCCCUGCCAAACUCAGUCAUGUCCCAGUCCCUGCCAAGUGCCCAGCACUACAUGCGGCCGGCAGAAUCACACACCAGCAAUCUGAGGAUGCCGCUCACAGUGACCAGCAAUUCCCAAGUGAUGGGCACUGCUGGAAGCACCUUCCUGCCCACACUCUUUCCUACACAGCCGGCUAGAGACAAGCCUGUAUUUUACCUUCCUGGCCAGCAGCAACCCCAGUUUGUGGCAGUGCCGCCCCCUGCAAUGCCAUCAUUCCCGAACCCCAUGUCGGUACAGCAAGCGCCAGCUCAGCAGCAACAGGCUGUCGGAGGAAUCGGUUCGGGAGAAAAGAAGCCCUAUGAAUGCACUCUCUGCAGUAAAACCUUUACUGCUAAACAGAACUACGUCAAACACAUGUUUGUCCAUACUGGUGAGAAGCCUCAUCAGUGCAGCAUCUGCUGGCGCUCGUUCUCCCUGAAGGAUUACUUAAUCAAACACAUGGUGACACACACAGGGGUGCGGGCCUACCAGUGCAGCAUCUGCAACAAGCGCUUCACCCAGAAGAGCUCUCUCAAUGUCCACAUGCGGCUGCACCGUGGAGAGAAGUCCUAUGAGUGCUACAUCUGCAAGAAAAAGUUCUCACACAAGACCCUGCUGGAGAGGCACAUGGCCCUGCACAGCACAGGCAGCGCCAUCACAGGGCUGUCGGGGAGCGCAGGCACCCCGGGCCCAGUCUCCAUUCCCAUGCCUAUGGCUGUCCCUGAGCCUGGAGCUGGAGUGGUGGCCCUCGCCAUGCCAGUGAGCGGAGGUGCUGGAGUAGGGGCUGGGGUUGGAACAGGAGUGGGUGUAGCUGCAGAAGCGAGCUGCCAAGAAGGGACCACCUACGUGUGCUCCGUCUGCCCUGCCAAGUUCGACCAAAUGGAGCACUUCAAUGACCACAUGCGAAUGCAUGUCUCCGAUGGAUAAGUACUAAUAGAUAAACUUCUUUCAAAAAGAAUGACAAAUAAAAUGGCACUAGAUUUUCCUUUUCUUAUUUUGAGGUAUGAAGAGUAAUGAGUAUAGACACUGGCACAUUAAGUUUCCCAAAUUUUUUUUUUUUUUUUUUCUGUUAUUCUAAAAGAAAAAAAAGAUGGUGGCCUUAAGGCUUAGUAGUUUGAUAUUGAUCUACUGGAUGGAUCCUAACUACAGGCCUCUAAAUGUAUGCUUUCCUAAAAUACUGAUUUAUGUGUUGAACACUACCGAAAGGCCUACGAAAGAAACACAUACACACAAACACACCUUUAGUGUAGACAUGUCUGAAUGAAUAUACAUGUGUAUAUAUGAGUGUCGGUGUAUUUGCAUGUGUCUGUCUGUUUGUCCGAGCGUGUGUGUGUGUGUGUGUGUGUGUGUGUGUGUGUGUCUGUGUGUGUCUGUGUGUGCGUGCGUGUGUGUGUGUGUGUGUGUGUGUGUGUGUGUGUGUGUGUGUGUACAAUGCCGUGAAACAUAAAUCAUGGCAGUUGUGAACCCAUACUGACCAGUUUGGAAACUAUAGAUGUCCAAGCUUACUGUGGUAUAAUUUACAACAACAAUAACAAAAAAAUCAUCUGGGGUUGGGCUACAUAUUCCCUUCUAAAAAUACUGAUGGUCACAAGAUUGCCUUCUUAUGUAAAAUAAAAAAAACGGAGAGUAGUUAAUUUGACACUGGGUUUUAUUUAUUCCUAUGGUAUUAAGGGAUUAUAAUGCAGCUGUUGUCAAGGUACCAAUUUCAAUCAUUUUACUGAAAUGUAACUUCCUGUCGGUUGCGACAGGGACGUAUAUUUCUCACUAUGUUUUGUAAUUGUUGUCCAUGCAUUUUGAUGGUUAAGAUUACGUUUACUAAAUUAGGGUGUGUUGAUGAGACAGUAUUUGAGCAAAAAUAUGUUUCUUUUUUUCUGAAGUUUGGAGUUUAACUCAUUUGCAUACACUGCCACUAAUAUCCUAAAAGACUGUUAAGGCUAGUAGACCUCUUCCAUUUCAAAACAUGAGAAAAAAAGAAAGAUUCUUUUGCUGAUGUUUUUUUUUUGUUCUUAGCCUUUCACAUUCACAGUUAUGGCAGGCUGGCAUAUGCGACUAAACUCUCUCCUUCAUAAUUGCUGCUCUUCAACU